GUCACAGGGAAAUCCGUGUUUAUGUGUUGCCUACUGCUUUGAGGUAUAGAAAGAAAUUAAAUUGAUAAACUUUAGCAUAAUUCGAAUAUAUAUUGUUGACAGUUAAUGAUUUACUUCAUUUACCUUAUUCUCUUGAAUCGGCUGUAAUACUAUACUAUAUUCUGUGAGAAUGAUCUAGAAACAUAAGACAAUAUUACAAGUCUUACUUUUAGUAACUAAAACUCGUAAAACUAAAAGUAGUAUUGAUAGUAGUACAAGAAGUGGUGUACUUCUGAAGUUCUAUAUCAUGUACUCCCGAUUCUAGCCUGGUUGUCUGGUGUUCCAUGUGCCAAUUUGUCAAUGGAAAUUUCAAAAAACCAACAGGAGGACAACUUGCCAUCCUCAACUUUCCUUAUGGGUACAUGUAAAGAAGAACCGUGUACAGCGAGUGACCAGUCAUCUUUAUUUUCAAUUUUAUCGUAUUCUCCAGGCAAUGAUAUCCAGUUCAGAGAGUGUGUGGAUUUAAUGAGUGACUUGCAUUUAAGCUUUGCCUCAGCUAGCUCUGAUCUCUCUUAUCAAGAAAUCCAGGAAAAGCUGAAAGAAUUGCUGAAAGAAAAUAUUGAACUUAAAGAGGUGCUACAACAAAACAACAAAAACAUGAAGACUCAAUUCCAGACAUUGAUGAAUUGGCAACAACAGAUAAAUCUUGUUCAUAAUGAUCAUCGAAAGAAAUUUGAAGAAUCAAGAAUUCUGAUUGAGGAGCUUCGUGUGCAAAACUGUGAAUUGACUGAUAAUUUGUUAGAACUAGAAAAGAAGUUUGCUAGUCACAAUGAUUGUCAACAGAUGAAGUUGAAAGUUGAAGAACUUACAUCAAAGAUCCAGGAUGCUGAAGGAGACAAACAAGCAAUUUCAGCUGAGUUGGAAAGACAACAAGUGAUCUGCAUUCACUUAGAGGAGCGAGUACGAGAGAUGACAGGAGACUAUGAGCAACUAGAAACAAAUUAUCAACAAUUAGAAGUAGACAAACGUGAACUUACAGCUCUCAAUAAUGAUUUACAAACUAGGCUCAUGAAAAUGUGUUGUAAACAGGGAGUAGAAAAUGAUUCUUACCCAAUAGUCACAGAAGAACAUGGCUACACAGUAGUUCAUCCAGGUUCAUCAGGUUUUAGUGUAGGAGAUGAUACUAGUAUACGAGGGGCUUUGCUUCGACUUCACGAAGAACAAGCUAAGAAUGCUCGACUGACACAACAACUGGCAGAAGAACAAUUGCAAGUACUUCAGAUGAAAAAAACUCUCCAAGAGAAAGACAAUUUGCUGCAGCAAUUUGAGAAACAACUUAAUAUGAACAAUCCAGACCACCCUGGUAGUGAGAAUCUUGCCCUGCCCCCAUCUGGCCAACCUGGUGGUUACAAAGUUAUUAUGUCCUCAUCUGGCCAAUCCGGUAAGACAUGCCAACAAGGAGGUCAUCAGCUACUACUGGUAUGUGGUCAGAAGAUGGACAUGGCAAAUUCAGUUCUUGAGAAAUCAGGAGCUAGGAGUGCAGACUUAGACAGUUUACUGAGUGUAUCUCAGCAUCGAUUACAGAACUUGGAUCUCUACAGCUCAGCUGAUAUAGAGCUGCUGAAACAAGAAAUAACUAAACUACAGGUCAGGUUUGAGGAAGAAAAAAGCUUUAGAAGUGAGGAUAGGAAGCAACUUCUUGAGGUACAACAACAAUUCACACAACUAUUUGAUGAUUAUCAAGACCUGUUGCAAUCUAUCGAAUCUCGCCAAAAGGAACAGAAUGAUUUGGGUGAAGAAGGAGAAGCAUGGAUUGAACUGGAGAAAAGAAAACAUCAGGAAGAAUCAGAUGCUAUCACUGCUAAACUUGUUCACACAGAAGAAUUGCUGGCUAACCAAAAGAAAGAAACCAUGAAGAUGAAAUCAGAAAUAGAACAGAUGAAGGUUCAGGUUGAAAAGUUGCCUAUUUUAGAAGCUCAAGUGGAACUUUCUAAUCAAGACUACAACCAAGAAAAAGAGGGGCACAGAUCAACGAAAGAAGAGUUGGAGCGAUUGAAAGAAGACCUUCUUGCACUACAGAAUCACAACCAGGAACUGAUGGAUGAAAUUAAUGUUUAUGCUAAAUCGCAGGUGAUGCAUUUGCAGAAAAGCUUGCAUAAGAAUGAAUCCUACCUUUCAGGCAACACUCGCCAUUCCCGUCAUAAGGGCAGAGAUAAGCAUCAAUCAUUGCAUAAUAGAAAACAUCAUGAAAAAAGGAUUGAAGUAAAGACUGGUGCUGCUGACUUCAAUAUCACUGAAGGAGAAUUGAGAGGCAGAAGCAGAAACCCACUGGGCAAUGGAGAUCAGGCAGAAUUGCCAGAACAACACGCAUUCAUUUGUCCACGUUGUGAGAUGAGAUUUAUGGACUAUCAAGCUCUACAAAAUCAUGUAGAAGAAUGCCUGAGUAAAGAUGACCACUUUCUGUAGUCAUAGUGAAUCAGUUUAAAAAAAUGUCAGUUUUAAAAAUUUUCUUCUCCUCCUGAAUUUCCUAUGAUUCAAAAUAGUAUUUGCUUUUCUGCUGAUUCAAACUUAAGUCGCAUUGAAUUUAUUAAUAUAAUGUUUCAAGUAAGUUACUUCCCCUGACUUUACAAAUUGAUCAGCACAUCUGUGCUUCAAGAAGAAAUCAUAAAGUCUCAUAAAGAAGUUGUCUGUAAAAAAUAAAUAAAUAUAUAU